AUGGGCGACAUCAAAAUUGACAUCCAGAAGAUUACCCAGGAGGUAAACGAUGAAGAGAAAUCGGGGGCUCUCGUACAUACCUUUAGAUAUUGCUACCAGCUUUCGAAAGGAAAAUUAGCAGCUGAAACAAGCUAUUGGCUGCAGAUUCGACGACGAGAGGUUUCUGCACAACUCGAGGAUCUUGCACGAGAGGCCAGAACGUUCAACAAGCCAACACUCCGACCAUUGCAAAAGGCAAGCGUUGCCACAUAUGUCCUUUGCCAAGAGAGUCGUAGCGAUUCUCGAACGCUCGAUGAGCUUGUCGAUCAACUUGGCGUUCGACUAUCACUUGUUGAAACGGCGAUAAGAAGGCUCGAUGAUCUUCGUAGCACUUUUGAGGGGAAACACGCUUUGACAAAGCUAUGGAAGUACUUGAUGGUCAAGUUGACAGAGCAAGAACUUGACAACUACGAGGCCGAACGGAUGGUGAUUGGAAGAAACAUGAUUGAAAUGUUGGACGGGGGAUUUAUUUUACCAGAGCUGGCCUCAUGGUGA